CAAGUGAUGCGAUUCGCACGAAUGUUUGCACCGGGUCGUUUCCAUCGCAUCUCGUCGACUCGUCAAACAACUUUGGGCGGAGGCAGCGCCCAGCUAGGCGCCCUAGCCGGAACCACAACGUUGGCGUCGAAAAGCGCCACGCAACUGCUGGAUCGUGACUCGAUUGUCACUCUGAUUAUGCUGUUUUUGAUCGACCCUGCUCGUAUCACUUCACAAAGACUUCAGAAGGUAAUUCGGAGUAUUUGUGCUGAACACGCGACUUGCGAUUUUGUGGUGUGGUGUUUGGUGGCGUUGUUGGAUAAGAUCACGGCGAACUCGUCGCGAUACGAGGAUUUUGCGGGAUGUACGACCGGUUGGAUCGAUCACAUCUGCGUGUCGUCGAGUUUCGCACAGAACGAACGUGCCGUGAAAUUCUUGAAGAACUCAAAUAAUGGUUCGUUCGUUGCUUUGUUGAGUGCAGUGUAUUUGCGUGACUGGACAGUUUGCCUGAAAACGUUUUGUUUUGCCUAA